CAACAGGGCUUAAUACAUACUUAGGACUGCACAAUUUACCUGCAAACCCGAACUGACCUGUUAUUUCUGAAACUUCCGAUUCGAAUUACCUGAAUCGGAAUGAAAUAAUCAGAACCGGAACAAUUCCGUUUUAUUUCCGAAAUGCUACGGUUAGGGUCGAUGGAUUACUCAAUAACCGAAAGCCGGUCAUGUCCCCCUUUGAAACAACUUUAUUUUAUGUACUUCCUUCAAUGGAAAAUCUCCUCUACCUCGAAAUCGAAUGCCAUGGCUCUGCCUCUGAAAUCUGAAAACAAAUCAUUUUCCACUGCUCCAGCUCGCAGCUCCGCUCUCUCGCUUCUCCCUCGCAGCUCGCUUGCCUUAAGCAAGGAUUUCUUUGUCUCACAGGCUCCAGCUAGUAGCUCGCUUAUUCUCUCAGUCUCUCUCUCUGACAGAAGGAGGUUUUGGUACGACACUCUUGAGAAACCCUCUGUCAAUUACCAAAAAUGGGCUGCUGGCAAGAAUUUCAGCCUCGGAGAUUUCGGCCCCGCUUGUCAAUCUGUUGAAUCUCAUUUUUCCGGUCGAUUCGGAAAACCGAAUUUUCGUGGAGAAAAGGACGGUCCGGGUAAGCGGUUAAAUUUUUCGGGCUCGGAGAGUCGGAAGUCAUACUUCGGAAAACCACAUUUUCAGGCCGAAUUAGUUGUUUUCGGGCCAGCUUCAGCUGCUAUGCUUGAUUCUGGUAAUUUUGUGCUCUAUAAGAAUGAUUCAUACAUUAUUUGGGAAACUUUUGAUUUUCCAACUGACACCAUAUUAGGAGGUCAGAAUCUGUCUAUGGGCAAAAGUUUGGUUUCGAGUGUGUCUAAAUGA